AUGCCGGCAUGGAGCGCGCCCAACCGCGCGGGCGGUGGCGGCUAUGGUGGCAGUGGCUCGGGUUCGGCGUCCUCGGGGAACUCGCGCGAGUGGAAGAUGGACCCGUCCGGCCGCUGGCACUACAUCGGGCCCGGCAAUGCGCAGGGCAAUCGGGGACACGACGCCUCCGUGCAGCAGCAAUCGCGUACCUGGCAGUGCUCGCGCUGCCACUCCACCAACCACUCGCCGAAGGCCUGCUCCGUGUGCGGCCUCCGGCGCAGCUAUGCUGCUGUCGCUGCUUCGGCCGAUCCGGCGGCGUCCGCGCCUCCGCCGAAGCCGUCUACCCGCGCCCAGCUCGACCAGAUCGCCCAGUCGCUCCAGUCGACGCUGGCCGAUGUCCAGGCGCGUGUCGCGGCUCCCCGGGCGGGCGCGCCUGCUGCCCCCCCGGAUGCCGCGGCCCCGGCUUCCGCCCCGACGCGGCCCGAGCUUGUCAAGAGGCUCAAGCGCUACGAGGCCGCCCUCGAGAUCUACAAGGACGACACGGCCGACCCAGAGCACGCGCGACUCACGCAGCAGAUCUCCGAUGUGAAGGCCGAGAUCUCUGCCCUCAAGCCGCUUGGUGCGAAGCUGGAUGGUGCCCGCCAGGCCCUCCAGCGUGCGUCGGCGCGGCGCGAGGAGGCCGACAAGGCCUUGGCUGCUGCCGCGCUCCUCCGCGAUACCGCCGAGGCGGAGGAGGCUUCGGCGAAGGAGGCGGUUGCUGCCCUGGAGUCCCAGGUCUCGCCCCUCGACAACACGGAUCUCAUGACGUCGAUUCAGGCGCAGCUGCAUCAGCUGAUCGGCACGCUCAAGUCCGACCCCGGCGUCCAUGCCACGCACAUCGCGAAUGCGGAGAAGCACGUCCACGACCUCUUUGCCGGCUUCCAGUCGGUUUUUCCGCAUGCGAAGGACUACCACGCCCACCAGGAGAAGGUUGCGGGCCUUGCGGAGGGCCGCCCGCCCUACCGCCACGUUGGGAAGCAUCCGCUCCCGACGUCGCUGCCCGAGCCCUCUGUCCCCUCGCACCGGGUCCGGCAGAAUGGCAAACAGCCUCCCAAGGAGGUCCCGGACGAUGUCUUCCGGCGUCCUCGCACUCGCCAGGUCGCUUCAGCGAGCGCCAAGACGUUGGAUCCUGCUGGUGUUCGUCGCGCCAAGAAGCUUGGCCUGAACACUAGUAGCAAGAUGGAGUACCUGGACGGUGCUCUCGCCGCCGCUGGCUACAACAUCAUUGGCGUGCAAGAGUCUUGUGUGGGUGGCGACGUCACCCGGGAGCAAACCCAGUACGUCGUCUACACUUCUGGCGCCACGCCAGAGGGACACUUCGGAGUUGAAUCUUGGAUGGCGCGCUCCCUCGUUCUGGGUGCCCGUGUGCAGCCUCAGGCCAUCUCUCCCCGACUAUUGGUGGUGAGGCUUGAUAGUUCACAGUGUUCUUUCACACAUGUGGUUGCCCACGCACCUGUUCAACAAGCUUCUGAUGCCGACAGGUCGGCCUUCUGGGACUCCCUCAAGGCCGCCUUGCAUGCCAUUCCGCCUGCACGCAUGGUGUUUCUCUCCAUCGAUGGUAACGCCACGCUCGGCUCCAUCCCGUCUUCGGCCAUCCCGUUUCCAGACGGUACGGCCGAGCACAACAACGGCAGGUGUUUGCGGGAAGCCAUGGAGGAGGCCGUGUUGGUCCUGUCCUCAAUGGCCACACCCGAGGUCCUCCCAACGUGGUUCGGAGGUCUCGUGCAGCACGAGGGCCGUCGUAACGACUACGUGGCCGCUUCCAUGGACGUUGCUGGCCACUUCGCCCAGGCGGGCGUCGACCACAGCGUGCAUCUCAGCGGCAAGGACUCGAUCGACCACUUGCUCACUUACGCCGAGUUCCUUGUGCCCUGCCCUGCAAGGGGGGGGAAGCAGUGCCACCGUCCGGCUUCAGCCCGGCUGAGCCGUUCUUUGAUAGCCGACCCUGAGCGCCAGCUUCGUUUCCAGCGGUACCUCUGGGAACGUCUUGCUCGUGUUCUCGCUGGCCCAGCGGAUCCCGAAGCUCUCCACGACCGGGUCGUGGCCCUCAUGCGCGACUGCGACACCUCCGUUGCGGACCACGCUUCACCGCGCUCGCCGGGCGCUCCGGCAGCAGACGCUCACGUGUCUAUGGGCGUGGUGGUGCCGCGCUACACGACGGGCUCCGCGGCCUUCUUCUUGGAGACGCUGUACGUGUUCUCACCCAUGCCGGCCGCUAUUCGUGCACAUCGCAAGCAGGUCAAGCAGUCUAUCUCCCAGGAUUUCGACUUCUGGGCUGCUUCGAUCGCCGUCGAAGCCGAGCAGGCCGCUGCUAUUCAUGAUUCUGGAGCUCUGCAUGCACUCGCUCGUCGCCUACGCACUGGCCACGACCGACCUCAUCGCGCGGUCAAGGACGCCAGUGGCAACCUUCUGACCGACGACUUGGGCAUCGACCAGCGGUGGACUGAGCACUGGUGCCAGCACCUCGCUGGCAGCACCCCCCCGUUCUCCGAGUUGUUGGUUGCCGACUCCGCCGAAUCUGUUGCACCUGACGUUCCGCGUGCACCGCCGUUGUCGCUCGACUACGUCGAGUCCCUCCUUCGGGUUUCCAAGGGGCGCAAGGCCACUGGGCCUGAUGGUGUGGGCCCUGCUGUGCGGAAGGCAGGCGGUGAGCCGGCCGCAUUGCUCAUGCAGGCUGUCCUCAACUCCACACGCGCGCAUUGCAAGGCCCCCGCUCUCAUGAAGGGCGGCCGCAUGCAGGAUCUGUGGAAACGCAAGGGCGAGCGCACCGACACUGCGAACAGUCGCGGUCUCCUCAUCCAGACCCACGCGGGCAAGGUGCACGGGGCCACGCUGAAGGACGCAAUAGAACCUCACUACCCCCGCGCCGUCGCCGACACGCAGCGCGGUGCCAUCGCAGGCCGCGGGACCGCUGCCGCUGGGCUCACUGCCGAGCUGCACGCCGACAUGUGCCGCUCCCGUCGGCAAUGCUUCGUCCGUCUCUUCGUCGACCUGACCGCUGCCUUUGACACGAUUUGUCGAGAGUUGGCGAUGGUUCAACCUACUGACGACCCUGAUCGCGUUCGUGCCGCGCUGAGUGGUGCGGACUUCCCCAUGGCCGUGCAGGAGCAGGUGACCGAAUUUAUCCAGACGCAUGGUAAUCUUCUGCGCGCCGCCGGUGUUCCUGCUGACGCGGCUGCCCUGGUCGCCGACAUGCACACGAACACGUGGCUCACCGUGCAGAAGGGCGUGAUGAAACCGGACGCCAUGGUCGUUCGCACCACCAAGGGCGCGAGGCAGGGUUGCAAGAUUGGGGCUUUAAUUUUCAACGUGAUUUACGAGUAUGCUCUGAAGAAGGUCCGACAGCGGGCUCGCGAUGCUGGUCUCGUACUUCUCGUCGAAGCUGCUGCAGGCCAGUGCCCUUGGCGCAUCUCUCCUGAAGCCCUCCCAGCGAGUCCGACCGCUGCGCCCUACCCGGGCGUUUCUGCGGACCUCUUCGACAUCGCAUUCGUGGAUGACGUCCUCUUCAUGUUGAUGUGUGCCAGCCCUGCUCUGGCCUCCAUGCAGGCCAGCAUGCUGCUGGAGAUCGUCAUCGACGCAUUCGCCGAGUGCGGCCUCCAGUGCAACCUGAAGGAGGGCAAAACGGAAGUCUCCUUGCACCUGGUAGGCAAAGAAUCUCGCCGAGUGCGCUCCUCCCUGUAUGACCCCGAGCUCAAGCGUCACAUGCUGCGCACGCCGGACGCCUCCCGAGCAGUGUCUGUGACGAACCGCUACAAGCACGUGGGCACAGCCACUUCCUGUUUGCAGGCCUAUUACCCUCUGGCGCACCGCGUCUACGGCAACUACGACAUAGAUCUGCGCACGAGGCUCUCCCUCGCAGAUUCGCUCUGCUUCUCGAAGCUGUGGUUCGGCACCGAGACAUGGCUGAACCCUUCUCCCGACGCCGUUCGGCAUCUUCACAGCGCGCGCAUGCGCGUGCUUCGUCAGGUGGCCAACCGCUGCCGGUUCAAGCGGUCCGGACACGGCUCGGGCCGGGAGGUGCUAAGGGAGUUGCACGUGUUGCCCACGGACCUGAUCCUCUUGCAGAAGCGAUUAGUGGCUGCUGCUACCACUUACGCGCGUGGCCCCGCUAUUUUACGUGCGCUCCGGCUGCAGCCGGGCACGACUGCCUCGGCAGCUCUGGCCGACGAUCUGAGAUGGGCGUGGCAGGCUGCCCCCGCCCUGCACGGCAUGCCAGACCCAUGCACCGAGCCUGCGGCGUCGGUGCUGCUCCACUCAUAA